ACAGCAAUAUUUUAAUCAUGCAUGUUGUAGAGGAUUAGCAUUAUUUAGAUGUUGGACUAUAUUUAAUGUUUGGGUUGGUUGAGAGUGAAGAUGUUGGGAGGGUCUGACAGACUGGGAAGAAAGAAGAUGACUGGAAGAGAUGAUGUGACUGAUUGGUGUUUCUAAUUUAGCCUUGAGUUGGUUGGCACGAAGUCUACAGGACCAACACAAAUAUCGUGAUGCCAGCCAGGUUUACGAAGAGCAACUUGAAAUCGAGGAACAUUUAGGGCCUGGUUGUGAAGCCUUUAUUGCAACAGCAAGGAAGAACCUGAAUCUUUGCAAGGAAAAGCAAGCUGACGCUGCAAAACAGACUUCUGAUCAUCAGCAAGCUGUGCAGAAUGAGCAGCGUGAAUUGACCGUAUCUGUCUCACCUGACAGUCGAUCAUCACAGACCCUCAGAAGAGAUCCGGACGAUGAUUUAGUGGGGCAACUGAUUGGCCAAGUUGAACAGUUGACAGUCGAGAAAGAGGCAAGUGGGUUGCAACAGAGAAUGAUGAGAGAUGAACGAGACGCUGCAACCAGGAGAGCAAGCGAACUAGAGCAAGAAGUUAGGUCUUUACGAGAGGAAAUUGCAUCUUCUCUUGAAGAGAAGAACAAUGAGAUAGAUAGUCUACAGCAGAGAGUCGAUACUGAACGGCAAUCGAAGGAGACGUUGAUGAGGGAAAAGGAACGUGUCCAACGUGAAUUGUCUGAGAAAGAUCGAGAAGUGAGACACUUGAGUCAACAGAAGAGUGAUCUUGAAGUGCGGUUGAGUGCUGAGGCAUCAGUCAAUGCAUCACUGAAUUUAGAAGCGUCUGCUGCGAAGGCUAACAUCAAUGAACAGCAAAAAGAGAUAGAUCAUCUCAAUUAUGAAAUCGAGAAUCUCCAAUAUCAGCUGAACGAAGAGAGAAGAGAGAGAAGAGCCGUUGAAGAACAGUUGACGGUUCAAAACAUUCAGAAUCAACGAGGAAGGGAGCGCGUUCUAACUAUCCCACCGUGUGACGUUCAGUCGAGUGAGCAGACUUUAGGAAAUGGAUCGUACGGAGCGUCUGCUACUAGUUCUGAUGUCAAUGAACAGCAAAGAGAGAUAGAUCAUCUCAAUUAUGAAAUCGAGAAUCUCCAGUAUCAGCUGAAUGAAGAGAGAAGAGAGAGAAGAGUCGUUGAAGAACAGUUGACGGUUCAAAACAUCCAGAAUCAACAAGGAAGGGAGCGCGUUCUAACUAUCGUACCGAGUGACGUUCAGUUGAGUGAGCAGACUUUAGGAAGUGGAUCUUACGGAGUUGUUCGUAUUGGGUGGUGGCGAAGCUGUCCCGUGGCUGUCAAAAUGCUUCACAAAGUGUUCAUCGACGUUCCUCGCUAUAUCCAUCUUCUGCAGCAAGAAGUGUCGGUGGCAUGGGCAAUACAUCAUCCGAAUAUUGUCGCUAUUUGGGGAGUUACUCUUCAAUUGGAAGGGAACAAGAAAGAAGCGUGGGUUAUCAUGGAACUACUGCAGGGUUCGAUGUCGGCUGUGAUGAAUGCAUGCAAAGAUGACACUCGACCACUGACGUUGCGUGAAAAGGUGGACAUGGCAAUAGAUGCUUGUCGAGGACUAGACUACAUUCACUCGUUGCCUGUCGCCAUCCUUCACGGUGACAUCCGUCCAUCCAACGUGUUGGUGACCGAGAUGAUGACGGCCAAGCUCGGAGACUUGGGAGCGGCUCGCUUCGUCGACGCCAAGCUCUCUGCUGGCCCUAUGAGCGCAGAAUACUCGCCACCUGAACAAAUAAGUGGCCGCUUACCGCGCAAAACCAAGGAGACGGAUGUCUACCGUCUGGGUAUAAGUCUCUGUGAGUUGUUUACCGGUGAGCCUCCGGGUCCGCGUGAGCGCCGACUCGCACAGAUCAGGCGUAUCGACGAAGACACCGUCCGCACUUUGUGUGCCGAAAUGGUGAAAGAAGAUCCUAACAAGAGAGUAUCUGCCGCGUACGCUCUUUCUGCUCUCUGCCGUGUUCGCGAGACCGUCAAGUACAAAGAAUGCCGUACCAAGAGAAUGGUGAAAGGAGGAGCAGAGGGCGUGGUUACACUCACUGACACUACGUGGUGAAGAAGAGAACUCUAAUAAGGAUUUGCAGUGUAUUGCUUAAUUUUAGAACUAAUAGUUGUAGUGUGAUUACUAACUGUUUGUCAUUGUGUAGUAGUUGCCACGUACAUUUUAGUGAAAUUAUUUGCGGUAAAUUGUAUUGUAAGCGUGCAGGGGGAAACGUUUUGUGAGCUUUGGUAGUAAUUGCUUAAUCAGUAGGAAAUUUAUUAUUGCCAAUCAGAUGA